AUGGUCCACUCGCGAGAGCAGCAGCUUGAGCACGAUGAAUACUCGAGCGAACCUCUCUACAAUGACCAUCGCUCUCCGCAGCGGCAGACAAGGAUUGCCAUCCACCCCACGGCCGUGAAGCGACCGUACGGACCCCCGGUCUUUGAGGAUGACGAGGAAGUCUUCUCCGACGCUCCAAUCCGUAAAGCUCCACAGCCUCAGCAAAACCUGAGGCGUGUUGUUAGAAGAGACAGGCCUCUCGAGUCCCGGCGAGCCGAACUAUUUCCAGAGGAAGAAGAUGUCGACGGCAGCCUGGCCAGUGACUAUCCUGCUACAGAGGACGAUCACGGCACUCCCCGGGCUAGUCGUAAGAAGAGUAUGCCAACGGAGGUGCCUCCCCUCGAAGGCCCACUUCCGAUUGCGGCCCGCGGCCAGCGCGACAAAUCACGGAAGCGACGUCGUGACAAGUGUGACUACGGAGAUGAAGAGCUUCAGAGGAUGACAUACUCCCAACUACGCGAGCAACCCUUUGACGAAGAUCCUGCCAAGACAUCCCUCCCGACGGCCACGCCUUUGAAUGGUGACAGUCUUUCGGUCAAGCUCGAACAUUUCAAGGGCCAGCGCGAAUCCGACCAGAAAACCUUCUUUAGUCAGAUGAGUGUUAGCGACUGGGAACGGUCCGGCGACUGGUUCCUGGACCAGUUUGGGGCUGUUGCAAAGAAACUGAAAGAGGCCCGCAAGGAGAAGCGAGACAUGGUUGAUCGCUUCGAGACCGAGAUUGCCAAGAGGGAGGAGGCAGUUCGCGUCCGGACUGAGAACAUUACGAAGAAGCUGAGCAAGAUCCGCCACAAGGGCGAAGACAUGUUGGCAGACAAGGAGGUUUGA